UUUGUAUUAUUCAGAAUUUUAGUGAAAUAUAAAUGGAAGAGCCAAAUGUUUCAACUUUGCUUCAUAUUCAUAUCUAACUUACUGCUAAGUAAAAUAGACUACUUUAUCUUGCGUCUCAGUUUCUGCUCCUGCAUGGUUAUUACUGCCUACAGAUAUCAACAGAUGGCACGAGUCAGACCAACCAGAGUUUGCAGUGUUCUCCAUGUAUACCUUAGAAAUCUUUCCACCUGAGUCUCUCUUCUCCAUGGAGAGCAAGAUAACAGACGGGGGACCCCACAGAGCCAGAAGGGAGGCUCUGGUGGCACUCAGGGAUGUGACCGUGGAUUUCACCCAGGAGGAGUGGGGACUGCUGAGCCCUGCGCAGAGGAGCCUGUACAGGGAGGUGACACAGGAGAUCUACAGCCUCCUGGUCUCCCUAGGAUUCAAACCAGGAGUCCCUCUGUGUCCCUGCUGUCCACAGGCCUCCUCUAGCUGGAGCCUCAGCGAACACCUGCCAUAUGGCUUUCCUACCCAGCUGUCCCCAGGCUCAUCUGCAGAGGGUGACCUGCAGCCCAGGGAGCCUGAUCUGGUGGGAUGGAAGCAACAACAGCAGCAGUUUUCUGUUCAGAGAGGCCAGAGCACUGCAGCAGAUCGAGAAAAGGAAAACAGCUCUAAACCCAUGGUUGGGAGGGAGCUACCGGCUCCAAGUGCAUCUCCCAGCCCAGCCCUGAGAGAAGCAGCAGGCCCAAGGGGAAGGAGCAGAGUGGAGGAAAUGGAGCCCAGCCAUGGCUGUGGGGAAAAUCCUACGGACAAGGACAAAGUACUGAAAGGAAUAGAAAAUUCAAGGUGGGCAGCCUUUAGGUGUGCAGGGGAUAGGCCGGACAUUAACCAGAAGAUAAAGGUAUUCCUUCAGGGAAAUGCAGAGCCCAGGCAGAAUCUGUUUAUAUGUGGGGAGUGUGGACAGAGUUUUAGUGAAGAGUCAGCAUUACUCUCACACCAGAAAACACACUCAGAGGAGAAGCCCCACGUGUGCAGGGAGUGUGGGCAAGGCUUUACCACUAGCACGUACCUCACCGCACAUGAGGGAACACACAGAGGAGAGGGGCUAUACGGGUGCCAGGAGUGUGGACAGAGGUUUGGGGACAAGUCAUCCUACGGUAGGCACUUGAAGGCACACUUAAGUGAGGAGCAUUUUUUUUGUAGGGAGUGUGGGCGAGGCUUCACCAGGAAGAUAAUGCUCACCAGACACCAGAGGACACACGCAGGGGAGAAACCUUAUGUGUGCAGUGAGUGUGGGAAGGCCUAUUUCUGUAAGUCAAGCCUCAUCUGUCACCAGAGGACACACUCGGGGGAGAAGCCGUUUUUGUGUGGUGAGUGUGGGAAGGCCUAUUCCUGUAAGUCAGGCCUCAUCUUUCACCAGAAGACACACUCAGGAGAGAAGCCUUUUGUGUGCAGUGAGUGUGGGAAGGCCUAUUCCUAUAAGUCAGGCCUCAUCUUUCACCAGAGAACACACUCGGGGGAGAAGCCAUUUUUGUGCAAGGAGUGUGGGCGAGCCUUUGCCAGUAAGUCAAACCUCAUCUUCCACCAGCGAACACACUCAGGGGAGAAGCCAUUUGUGUGUAAGGAGUGUGGGCGGGGCUUUACCCACAAGUCAACCCUUGUCUAUCACCAGAGGACACACUCAGGGGAGAAGCCUUUUGGGUGCCAAGAGUGUGGGCGUUCCUUUGCCAGAAAGUCAUACCUCACUGUGCACAAGAGAACACACACGGGAGAAAGGCCAUAUGGGUGUCGGGAGUGUGGGCGGGGCUUUACCACUAAUGCAUACCUCACUCUGCACGAGAGGACACACACGGGGGAGAGGCCGUACGGGUGCCAGGAGUGUGGGCGGAGAUUUAGGGACAAAUCAUCUUGCAAUCGGCACUUGAAGGUACACUUAGGUAAGAAGCAUUUUCUCUGCAGGAGUGUGGGUGAGGCCUUCGCUUGAAAUGUUACCUCACCAAACACCAGAAAACGUACUCAGAGGAGUAACUGCUUCAUUAUAAAGGGCUGUGCACCUUGCUUAGGUGUAUCGGGAAGACAGAGGGAAUUCAGAAGGCAACAGAACUCAAACUCAGCCCCAGAUUUCCCCAGAGAGUCUAAGAGGCCAGGGUUAAGAUUCCAGGUGAAGGGAAGUAAGUCCCAGCUUGAGAAAAUGUCUCCUUUUUCACACUGCACAUCUUCCUGUUGUGUUUGGGCCAAGCUGCACUCCCCAAGGACUGCUCAGCCAGGCAGGGCUGCAGAGCAGGGCUCCCAGGCAGGCCACUCCUGGUUCCUCGCCACCCUCGUUUGGGUGCACAGCAGUCAAGGGUGCCUUGAUCAACCUUCCUCCCUCCACUUACCCCUGCAGCUCCCACAGCCUUACCUCAGUGCUGUGGUUUGAGUGUUCUCAUUCCUUUCUAUGGUCACGUUGAAACCUCUAAUCACCAGUGUAACACAGCAAGAGCUGGGCCUUUACGAGGCGACUGAGUCAUGAAGAUGGAGCCCUUGUUACAUGGGGCUAGGGGCUCUUAUGAAAGGGCUUGAGGGCCAGCAGAUGACACUGUGGAUAAAGUGCUGAGUCCCAUAUCUUGACUGCUUGGUUCAGGUUUGGGUCUCAGACUUGGUGACUUGAGAAACAUGCCACACUCAUGUGCAUGAGAGCCCCAAAUUCCCAAGAUGAGAAUGGAGAAGUCACCCCCAAGGGGUGACUUCUCAUUUCCCUCUCUGGCAAGCACAUGUGUACCAGAGGGUGCACAAGAGGAUGCACAUGGGAGAGAGGCCAUAUUAUUUAGCAAAAAACUAUGUAAUAAUAAAAGGGCUCGAUGGAGGGAGUUGGUCCCUUUGGCCUUUCCAUUUUUACCACCCGAGAAGGCAGCAUCAUGGCCUCAUCUUGAGAGUGAAGAACAGCCCUCAUUAGACAGCCCAGCCUGCUGGGACUUUGGCUUGAAUUUCUCAGCCUCCAGAACUGUGGAAAAUAAAUUUUUGUUUUUCUGUAAAUUAGCUGGUCUAUGAUACUUUGUUUUAGCAGCAUAAAUGGACUAAGUUACUUGACUUCCUCAUCACUUUCUCACCUGUAGUCAUGUCUCCAAAUAAAUCCUUGCAUGUACAAACCCA